GAAGGAAUUGCUCCUUUUACCGAUGGCUACCUAACACGCCACCACUUCACCAGAUGCGUUAUCGUUCGAAGGACUAAGCCCUUUUCACCGGGUCAACUCGACUCAGUUUCAGCCCAUCAUCAUCAUCCUAGGAAACACAGGUUUCAGGAACGAGAUAAAAAAACAAAUUGCAAUCGAUUGGAAAACCUUAAGGGUUUUCAGUUGACCGUCUCCUCGGAGUCUCAGUCGGAGCCGUGUGGACAAAUGGCGCCGGUAAAGAGAGAGAUUACAGACCAAUCUUCUCAGCAUGACAACGAACACCAUCCUCCCAACAAGAGAUCUAAGCAGCAGGAUUUUGGAGUGGGUGGUUUUCCUGUAUCACAAGCUCAAGUCAAUCCAUUAGACGAGCCAAGUCCAUUGGGGUUGCGGCUGAGAAAGAGCCCGUCUCUCUUGGAUUUGAUUCAAAUGAGGCUUUCUCAAGGAAAUGCUUCAUCCAAGGCUGGAGUGCAUACUGUGAAAGAACACAAAAUCACUGCUGCUUCUGCUGCUUCUGCUGCUACUGACAAGCUAAAGGCUUCAAACUUUCCCGCAUCACUCCUUAGGAUAGGUACCUGGGAGUAUAUAUCUAGAUAUGAAGGGGACUUGGUGGCGAAGUGUUACUUUGCUAAGCACAAGCUUGUAUGGGAAGUUCUUGAUGGAGGCCUCAAGAAUAAGAUCGAAAUUCAGUGGUCUGACAUUAUGGCUCUGAAGGCAACUUGCCCAGAUGAUGGCCCUGGAACUCUAGAUAUAGUGUUAACUAGGCAGCCUCUCUUCUUUAGAGAGACAAAUCCACAGCCUAGAAAGCACACAUUAUGGCAGGCAACAUCAGACUUUACAGGUGGACAGGCUAGCCUACACAGGCGGCACUGUCUGCAGUGUCCACAAGGGUCAUUAGGCAAGCACUAUGAAAAGCUCAUUCAGUGUGACCCUCGUCUUAAUUUUCUAAGUCAGCAAGCAGAGGUAACACUGGAAUCCCCAUACUUCGAAUCCAGAAGAUCUGUGUUUGAAGAGCCAAGUGAAUCAAUUGAAUAUAAUUUGAGUAGUGAUGGACCCACCACGCUCGAGUUACGUGGAACAACAUCCCCGUCAGGAGGUCAGUCGUCUUCUUCUAGAAGUGAGUUGCAUGAACCUGCUGGUAGUAGACAUACAGAAUUGCUUCGGGAAACACCUUCACCCAGCUCAGUGAUGGAGACGUCGGCAAGUGAAGAAAUGAGAAGAGCUGGGUUGAAGGGAUUGAACCGUUGGGAUCAGAUGCAAGUGCCAGGGCUACACUCAUCUAUGUCAAUGAGUGAUUUGGUAAAUCACAUUGAAAACAGAAUCACGAAACACAGGACAUCUGGUGACCAACCUCUUUCCCAUGAAGAACAAGAAAGCUUACAGAUUCUUGAAGACAUUAGUCGUUGCUUAUUCAAUGAUGCUCAAUAUGGAACAUCUACUUCCGAUGAGAAAUCCAUAAUGUCGAGAGUCGACUCUCUUUGCUGUCUUUUGCAGAAGGAUCCCACAACAAUUCAGGAUUUAAAAACCGACGGUAGCAAUGGAAAACUGACGACAGAAACUGAAUCAGUCAGUGGAAGCAAGGUUGCAGAAGAUUCUUCUUCCAUACUCGAAGCGGAGGGUGAAGCUGAUGACAGUAAGAAGGGCAUGCCUAGGAACGACUCUGUAGGAGAGUUGCUGCUGAAUCUUCCUCGGAUAGCAUCGUUACCCCAGUUCUUUUUCAACCUCUCUGGAUGAUUCUGGCAAUCAAACUACUAGAUAAUUCUCUUAGUGCAUAGCAACUUGUGGGAGAUCCUUCCAUGGCUUUUGUAAAGUAUUGGGAUUUG